GUUGCCGGAAGAGAGAAGCAACCCGCCAUCCGCGUCGUGUCCGGAAGCCGUCUGGCGCCAUGCGAGCCGCCCCGAUCCUCUUCCCCAGCGGCACCAGUAUAUGAUGCUGGUCGCCGCGGGGUUUACCGCCCCAUUCCACUCCAGUCCAGAGUCCACCACACAAACGCAGCUGCAGCGCGCGGCGGUGGCAAAUGGACGCCAGCACCCUCCUCCUGCCCUGCUCCGACGGCGUCGUCGCCGGCGCGGUCGACUUCCGGGGGCGCCCGGCGUCCCGGGCCGGCACCGGCCGGUGGCCCGCCGCGAUGUUCGUGCUCGGGGUGGAGAUAGCGGAGAGGUUCGCGUACCACGGCAUAUCGGCGAACCUGAUCAGCUACCUCACGGGGCCGCUCGGGGAGUCGACGGCGGGCGCCGCGGCGGCGAUCAACGCGUGGAGCGGCGUGGCGACGAUGCUGCCUCUGCUGAUGGCGUGCAUGGCCGACGCCUGGCUCGGGAGGUUCCGCACCAUCGUGCUCGCCUCCCUCCUCUUCGUCGUGAGCAUGGGCAUGCUGACCGUCUCCACGCUCCCGGUGUUCAACCACGACGGCUGCAGCAGCUAUCACUCCAAAUCGCUCGCGUGCUCCCCAUCCCCCGUGCAGGUGACCGUCUUCUACGUCUCCCUGUACCUGGUGGCGCUCGCCGAGGCCGGGCACAAGCCCUGCGCGCAGGCGUUCGCCGCCGACCAGUUCGACCAGCACGACCCCAAGGAGUCCGAGUCGAGGAGCUCCUUCUUCAACUGGUGGUACUUUGGCAUGUGCUCCGGCACCGCCGCCACCACCUUGGUGUCCAGCUACAUCCAGGACAACGUCGGCUGGGGCCUCGGCUUCGGCAUCCCCUGCCUCGUCAUGGUCUUCGCGCUCCUCGCCUUAUUGCUCGGGACCAGGAGCUAUCGCUACUACACGUCCACCGAGUCGAGCCCCUUUGCUCGCCUCGCCAGAGCGUUCGUGGCGCUGAUCAGGGGAACCAAAUCCAGCCAAUGCGAAAGUCUCGUGACCGACGACGACGAGCACCGGGAAGAAGUGAAGGGCGUGCUGCGCCUGUUCCCCAUCUGGGCGACGUGCAUCAUCUACACCGUGAUCUUCUCGCAGUCGUCGACGUUCUUCACGAAGCAGGCCGCGACGCUGGACCGCCGGGUCGGAUCGACGCUCCGCAUGCCGCCGGCGGCGCUGCAGGUGUUCACCAGCCUCACCAUCAUGGCGUUCAUCCCGAUCUACGACCGCGCGUUCGUGCCCGCGGCGCGGCGGUUCACCCGCCUUUCGUCCGGCAUCACCAUGCUGCAGCGGAUCGGCACGGGGCUCGUCCUGGCCAUGGUCGCCAUGGUCGUGGCGGCGCUGGUGGAGACGAGACGGCUCGGCGUGGCGAGGGACGCCGGCCUCGUGGACCAGCCCAAGGCGGCGCUGCCGAUGACGCUCUGGUGGAUGCUGCCGCAGUACGUGCUGCUCGGACUGUCGGCCGUGUUCGCCACGAUUGGGCUCCAGGAGUUCUUCUACGACCAGGUCCCCGACGCGCUGCGCAGCCUCGGGCUGGCCUUCUUCCUCAGCAUCUUCGGCGUGGGCCACUUCCUGAGCAGCGUCCUCAUCUCCGCCAUCGACGGCGCCACCAAGAAGAGCGGCGCGAGCUGGUUUUCCAACAACCUCAACCGCGCGCACCUCGACUACUUCUACUGGCUGCUCGCCGGGCUCUGCGCUGUGGAGCUGGCCGCGUUCGUCGUCGUUUCCCGCGUCUAUGUGUAUAAGAAGAGGGCGUCUCACGACAACGGUGGUGCCGUCAUGCUGUCGCGAGUCCGCCGCGCCUACAUAAAAGCAGCCCUAACCUGCCUGCGGCGGCAAGCAUGCCGCAUGCCUGAUCGGAGUGAGCUCGUCUCCCUCGUGCUGAUCCAACCGGCCAUGGCGGACACCGUCGCCGGCGCCGCCGACUACCGGGGAAAGCCGGCCUCCCGCUCCACCACGGGAGGAUGGAAAUCAUCGGCCUUCGUCAUGGCGAUGGAGAUCGCGGAGCGGUUCGCGUACAAGGGCGUGGCCGCGAACCUGAUCACGUACCUGACGGGGCCGCUGGGGCAGCCCGUGGCGCGCGCCGCCACGUCCAUCGACGCGUGGAAGGGCGUCUCCCAGAUGCUGCCGCUGCCGCUCGCGUGCCUCGCCGACGCCUGGAUCGGCCGGUACCGGGCCAUCGUCCUCGCCUCCCUCAUCUUCGUCGUGAGCAUGGGCGCGCUGUCUGUGUCGUCGGCGUUCCCGGCCUUCCGCGGCGGCCACGUGGCCAUCUUCUACGUCGCGCUGUACCUGGUGGCCCUCGGGGAGGGCGCGCACAAGCCGUGCGCGCAGGCGUUCGCGGCGGACCAGUUCGACGAGAAGGACCCCAGGGAGAGCGUGGCGCGUUGCUCCUUCUUCAACUGGUGGUACUUCGGCAUGUGCGCCGGCACCGCCGUCACCACCAUGGUCUCCAGCUACGUGCAGGACAACGUCGGCUGGGGUCUCGGCUUCGGCAUCCCCUGCAUCGUCAUCGCCGCCUCGCUCGCCGUGUUCCUGCUCGGGAGCCGGUCGUACCGGUACUACACCACCACCGAGGCGAGCCCCUUCUCCCGCGUCGGCAAGGCGUUCAUGGCGUUGAUCGAGAGCAGGACGAAUCGUCGCACCAGUAGUAUCAGCAAAGGAGACGGCAACGCCGCCGCCGCCGUCGAGGAGGUCAAGAGCGUGCUCCGGCUGCUCCCGAUAUGGGCGUCGUGCAUAAUCUACGCCAUCAUCUUCUCCCAGACCUCGACGUUCUUCACGAAGCAGGCCGCCACGCUGGACCGCCGGAUCGGCGCGAGGUUCAAGGUGCCGCCGGCGGCGCUGCAGACAUUCAUCAGUGUCAGCAUCGUCGUCUUCAUCCCGGUGUACGACCGGCUCUUCGUGCCCCUCGCGCGGCGCUGCACGGGGAGGCCGACGGGCAUCACCAUGCUGCAGAGGAUCGGCGCCGGCCUGGCCCUCUCGCUCGUCGCCGUGGCCUUGUCCGCGCUCGUGGAGAUGAAACGGCUCGGCGUCGCGAGGGACGCCGGCCUGGUGAACACCGCAAAGGCGCAGCUCCCGAUGAGCCUCUGGUGGAUGGUCCCGCAGUACGUCCUCAUCGGCGUGGCCGACGUGUUCGCCAUGAUCGGGCUGCAGGAGUUCUUCUACGACCAGGUCCCCGACGCGGCGCGCAGCCUCGGGCUGGCCCUGUUCCUGAGCAUCUUCGGGGUCGGGCACCUCCUCAGCAGCCUCCUCAUCUCCGUCAUUGACAAGGCCACGGCGAAGAGCGGGACGAGCUGGUUCUCGAACAACCUGAACCGCGCUCACCUCGAUUACUUUUACUGGCUGCUCACCGGGCUCUGCGCCGUGGAGCUCGUCGCCUUUGUGUUCUUCUCGCGAGUGUAUGUUUACAAGAGGAAGAGUGGCAAUGAUGAUGCCGGCAAUGGCGAUGGCGAUUUCGUGUAACAAUCCGGAGUUAGAUCCUGGCGUGCUUGUAGUAGUUUGUAGGGAGAUUUAGUCAGUUCAGAAAAAGCAUGCUUCACGGGGAUUCAA